CGCGCGGGUGUGGAGCGGCGGCUGAGGGCUGCUCCUGCCGGUCGGUGCUGCCGGUCCUGCCUCGCCGUGUUGCUCGGAACGGCUGUGGACAAUGAGAUCUACCAGUGACUGAGGACACAAAUCAGAACACCGUGAUGUCUGUCUGCUUCUCUUGAGAAUGCCACUUUUGUUUCUCUCAAGGAAUCUUUAAUGACUGGAAAACUCAAUGGAUCAUGUUUUUAUAAUCGAAGCUAUUUUUACGUUGACUGUGCUGUAAACACAUGGAGGAGCUCUUGUGGUACAAUGCCAGAAAGACUAACGGAAAUGCUUAUGGAUACAUGGACUCCAUUAAUAAUAUUAUGGAUUACUGUACUUCCUUCCAUUUAUAUGGCUCCAAUGAAUCAAUCUCAAGUACUACCAAGUGGAUCCAGUACAGGACUAAAAAGGCUAACUGAAGAACAAAGAGUUUUGAACCGUUCCAAGAGAGGCUGGGUUUGGAAUCAAAUGUUUGUAUUAGAAGAAUUUUCUGGACCUGAACCAAUCCUAGUUGGCCGGUUACAUACAGACUUGGAUCCUGGUAGCAGCAAAAUCAAGUAUAUCCUGUCAGGAGAUGGUGCUGGAACGAUCUUUGUGAUCAAUGACAAGACUGGAGAUAUUCAUGCAAUGAAAAGGCUUGACCGCGAGGAAAAAGCUGAGUACACUCUAACAGCUCAAGCAGUCGACAGGGACACAAACAAACCUCUGGAGCCUCCUUCAGAAUUCAUUAUAAAAGUUCAAGACAUCAAUGACAAUGCCCCUGAGUUUGUUGAUGGUCCUUAUCAUGCCACAGUUCCAGAGAUGUCUGUUGUUGGCACCUUUGUUACUAAAGUAACAGCUACAGAUGCAGAUGAUCCAGUUUAUGGAAACAGUGCCAAGCUGGUUUAUAGCAUUCUGGAAGGACAGCCUUACUUUUCCAUUGAACCACAUACAGCUAUAAUUAAAACAGCUCUUCCCAACAUGGACAGAGAAGCCAAAGAAGAAUACUUUGUGGUUAUCCAAGCAAAGGACAUGGGAGGACAUAUGGGUGGACUUUCUGGAACUACGACAGUGACAAUUACACUCACAGAUGUUAAUGACAAUCCUCCAAAGUUUGCACAGAGUCUGUAUCACUUCUCAGUAAUGGAAGAUGUUGCUCUUGGUGAACCCAUAGGAAGGGUGAAAGCAAAUGACCUGGAUAUUGGAGAAAAUGCUAAAUCAUCCUAUGAUAUCAUUGAAGGAGAUGGAAUGGAUAUAUUUGAAAUCACUACAGAUGCCCAAACUCAGGAUGGUGUUAUUAGAGUAAGAAAGCCCCUGGACUUUGAGACCAAAAAAUCCUAUACUCUGAAAGUAGAAGCAGCCAACAUUCAUAUUGAUCCUCGCUUCAUCAGUGGAGGACCUUUCAAGGAUACAGCAACAGUAAAAAUUGUAGUAGAGGAUGCUGAUGAGCCACCAGUCUUUUCAUCACCUACAUACCUACUGGAAGUGCAUGAAAACGCUGCUAUUAACUCUGUGAUUGGUCAGGUGACAGCCCAUGACCCUGAUGUGUCUUCCAGUCCUAUAAGGUUUUCCAUUGAUCGUCAUACUGACCUUGAGAGACAGUUCAACAUUAAUGCAGAAGAUGGAAAAAUAACUUUGGCAACACCACUAGACAGAGAAACAAGUAUGUGGCACAACAUAACAAUUGUAGCUACUGAAACUAGGAACCACAGUCAAGUGUCCCGGGUGCCUGUUACUAUCAAAGUUCUUGAUGUAAAUGACAACGCUCCUGAGUUUGCAUCAGAGCAUGAAGCCUUUUUAUGUGAGAAUGGGAAGCCUGGACAAGUAAUUCAGAUCGUCAGUGCUGUUGACAAAGAUGAUCCUAAAAAUGGGCAUUAUUUCUUGUAUAGUCUUCUUCCUGAAAUGGUCAACAAUCCAAAUUUUACCAUCAAGAAAAAUGAAGUUUCAUGCAAUUUUUCAUGAGCUUCGGGAAACUUUGUGGCCCAGCUUCCAUCCAUGCCAGAGGAUGUUUCAUGGUGGCAGUUCUCCAGGGAAAGUACAUGUUUAUACAUUUCUGAUGUGUAUAAUUAUCAUCAUCAUUUUUUUAUACAUAAAUAUCUGGAAUUUCAAAGUAUGAUUCUAAAAUGUACCAAAUCACAUUCUUGUUAGUUGUUUUCUUGAAAAGUAAAAUUAAUCAUUUAGUGAUGUUUCUUAAAUCCUAUGAGUAAUUAUUUUUCUAUCAGUAUUAGUAGCAUAGAAUAGCAUUUACAAGACUACUGCUGAAAUUAUAAAGGAAUGUGUUGUAUAAUCUGAGAAACAGUAUUGAUCAAGCCCUCCCUUAACAGAUGUAGUUUUGUCAAUGGAAAUCACAGGCAAUAUUUGCAUAGCCAUAUGCAUUCACUGUGAAAGUAGUAGAGUUAAAAAUAAAUUAUGCCUAUGUAUUAAAAAUCAACAAGCACAAACUGCCCUAUAAUCUGGCAUUUCUGUGCCAGAAUCUGCCAUCCACAGACACAGGUCAUGUUUCUUCCAGGAGCUGCUCAUAGUGUGAAAAAUGGUAUUAUAAAUAUCAUACUAUCAAUCUUUUCCUCAGCAUGAUGUUAAAACUGGAGCUGUGUAAAUAGCAACGUUUAACAUUUAUAUAAACUGAGGAUAAGAGAUUAUUUUUAGGAACAAUAAAGUUAAUAAUGAACUGAUUAAUAUUGAAUUAUUAAAAUACUUCCAUUUUAACUUGGUUGAAAGAUUUUAUAAGUACUUAUAAAUGAUAAAUUACAGAAUUUAAAAGAAGAAAGUGUAAGGACAAUGUUGAUGUUUUUCUGAGUACAAAGGUCUCAGUUUUACCAAAAGAAAAAAUAUGAUAGAUAGUGAAGCUCCAUGAAACAUUUUACUUCUGUCAAUUCAGAAUACUCUGAUGUGAAAUUGUAUUUCAGAAAGCUCUUACUUACAUUUUAGAUACAUAAUUACCUUUCUGAUUAAAAAAUAAAAAUGUGACUUACUGGCCCAAACUACCCCAUUCUAUGGAUGAUCUACUGUUUGAUUACACUCCUGGAUCCGAGCCCAUUUCAAAGAAAAUUGUCUCAAGUCUUUCUUGGUCUACAUGCUGGAAAGCAAGUAAGAACUGCAAUCCAGCUGUGUGGUGGUAAGAAAACAUUGUGCUACCUUACCUCCUUCACAACUGGAGCAGGCAGACAGAGAGAUCCUGGCUUGACAGGAAAGGACAGAUUCUAGCUUCCAAUCCAUUAAUGUUCAUGAAGUGGUAUUCAGCCAGUGCAAUUACUUUUCUAAGAGUAGGUGGUUGUGCCUUAGAUGGUAAGAUUUGGGUCCCUGAAAUAAUUUGCUUUUACAACAGAGGAAAUGCAGUUCCAUAUUUCUAAACUUUAGAUUCCUUCUUUUGUAGACAAUUGGCCAGAUUGAAACUGCUUUGGAUCAGAAAACAUAUUAGGUCAUUCUUUGUAGGAAAAGUAAUUAAUUUUCUUAUUUACAUAUCUGACAGAAUUCUAAGUUGUAACCGUCAACUUGUAAAGUAAUAGACUGAGUCUAAUGACUCAAAAAGAUGAGCCCUUUCUGCUAAUGAUAAAGUGAUAAGUGAUACCAGGUGGAUUUCAGUACUAGAAGUCUUUAAAAUGUUCUAAAAUUCUAGAAGACUGGUAGAAUUUUGAGCUAAUUAUAAUAUUACCAUGGGACCCCAAUACAUUUGAGUAGUGCUCUGAAGUUCUGUCUCCCCAGACAGUGACUGCAUUUCCAUGACCAUUGAAUGAUUUCAUAUUCCUGUUGAAGUAAUAUAUUCAACUCCUUUCAACUAUACCAUUUUGCAGUCCUAGCAAGGUUAUGUUUUCCAUGGUGGGGUACUAUUAGUGCCAUCUAGUCUAAGAAUGCCAAUGAACAUAUUCUCAGUAUAUAUCUUUCAUAGCCAAUAGCUUUCUGCUUCCUUUUCCCUUUCUUUCCUUACUAUCAUCACUACUGACUGUGUUCUGUUAUUCUCUGAUGUUCUGUUUUCCCUUGAUGUUGAAUAUCAAUUGAGUGCUAUUUGAAACAACUUCACCGGCAUAGAAGGAUGUGAUGUUAUUUUCUGAAGUGAAGAUUCCAUUAAUGUGGAUGGGAAACCAGCAUUUUUCCACUCCAGUCCUUUUUGUGCCACUUCCUUCACUGACACCUGCUUCUGCUGUCUUUUCCAUCUUUCUUCUUGCAUGCAGAUCACUGCUCUUUCUGGACUCCUGUCUAAUUAGAAGCACAGAGCAGGUGAAGACUAGGUGCAGUUCCUCUGCAAACAUACUUUUUAGCCUUAUCCAGAUGAUUUACACCUUCUUACAAUGGUUAUGUGCUUUUCACCACUUUGAUAUGCUAAAAAAGAGGUGAAUUCUUCUUGGUGCACAUAGCUACUCUAGCUGAAUGUGUAUGUCAGAAAAAUAGAAUCAGCUCCUCAAAGGCUAACUCAGCUACCAGCUUCCUCCACGCUUUGACCAUUCUGCCUAUUCUGUCCAUCUGAAACCUUAUUCACUCCUCUCCUGUAUUCAGGAUGCAGGGCUCCAGACAGACAGAUUCCCUCUCUCCUCCGCCCUAAGCCAGAAGUGAUCCACCAAGUCUUCAUUCGACUGGAAAGG